CCCAUCUCUCUCUUUCUCUCUCUAGUUUCUUUUUCUUCUUCAAUGGUGCUCUGUUAAACCCACCCACUACCAUUGUUGCUCAAAACACGACCUGGGUCUUCAUUUUUUUGCCAAUAUAUAUAUUAACUCUUUCAAGGUAAGCUUGGUGAAGUUUUUAACUUUCAGAAAUUUUCUGUGUAUCCCUGAAAAUUAAAAGGUGGGUUAUGGAUGUGUCUUUAGCUUUGCUAUUGUUCACUGCCGUCACUGCUUAUCUGCUAUGGUUCACCUUCAUCUCACGCUCGUUGAGGGGUCCACGUGUCUGGCCUUUAUUGGGUAGUUUGCCGGGCUUGAUCGAGAACUGCGAUCGCAUGCACGAGUGGAUUGCUGAUAAUCUUCGCGCCUGUGGUGGCACUUACCAGACCUGUAUCUGUGCCAUACCCUUCUUGGCUCGGAAGCAAGGUCUCGUGACUGUCACGUGCGACCCCAAGAAUCUGGAACACAUACUGAAGACCCGCUUCGACAAUUAUCCUAAGGGUCCGACUUGGCAAGCUGUGUUUCAUGAUCUACUUGGCGAAGGGAUCUUCAACUCCGAUGGUGACACGUGGCUGUUCCAGAGGAGGACGGCUGCUCUCGAGUUCACAACCCGGACCCUCCGCCAAGCCAUGGCUCGAUGGGUGAGCCGAGCCAUAAGUCUCCGGCUCUGUCCGAUACUUGAGACGGCUCAGCACCAGGCCGAGCCAGUUGACCUUCAGGACCUCUUACUCCGGCUCACUUUUGACAACAUUUGUGGCUUGGCUUUCGGGAAGGACCCGCAAACCCUAGCUCCGGGCCUCCCUGAGAACCUUUUUGCUACGGCUUUCGACCGAGCCACUGAGGCGUCGCUGCAGCGGUUUAUUUUGCCUGAGGUCUUGUGGAAGCUCAAGAAAUGGCUUGGGCUCGGAAUGGAGGUCAGCUUGAGCCGGAGCCUUGUGCACGUGGACAAGUAUCUGUCCAAUGUCAUCAACACACGUAAGCUUGAGCUGACAAGUCAGCACAAGGGUGGUAACCCUCACGAUGACUUGCUUUCAAGGUUCAUGAAGAAAAAGGAAUCAUACACAGAUACAUUCUUGCAACACGUGGCACUUAAUUUCAUCCUAGCUGGACGUGACACGUCAUCAGCGGCACUCAGCUGGUUCUUUUGGUUGGUCAUCCAAAAUCCAAAAAUUGAAGAGAAAAUCUUAGUGGAAAUCUGCACGGUUCUGAUGGAGACACGUGGUGAAGAUGCAUCAUCAUGGUUUGAAGAGCCACUAGGAUUUGAAGAAAUUGACCGUCUAAUUUAUUUGAAAGCUGCGUUGUCCGAAACCCUCCGUCUAUACCCAUCCGUGCCGGAGGACUCGAAGCAUGUCAUCGCCGAUGAUGUGUUGCCGGACGGAACUUUUGUGCCGUCUGGGUCAUCGGUUACAUAUUCAAUAUACUCAGUGGGCCGGAUGAAGUCCACUUGGGGCGAGGACUGCCUCGAGUUCCGCCCGGAAAGGUGGUUGUCGACGGAUGAUAAGCAAUUCAUAGCGCAUGACUCAUACAAAUUCGUGGCCUUCAAUGCCGGUCGAAGGAUAUGCUUAGGGAAGGACUUGGCUUAUUUGCAAAUGAAGUCGAUAGCGGCGGCGGUGUUACUCCGGCACCGGCUCACGGUGGUGCCGGGCCACAAGGUGGAGCAAAAGAUGUCGUUGACGUUGUUCAUGAAGUAUGGACUUAAAGUUAAUGUGCACCCUAGAGACUUAACCGCGGUUGUGGCAAGCAUUACUUUUAGAAGAAAGAGAGAAUAUGAGUUGAAUGGAGGAGAAGAAGUUCCGGCCGUUAAAUUUAACGGUGGUUAUAAUGCAGUUAGUGAGGGUGGUACUGGUGGUGGUGGAAUUGAUGGGGUGGUGGGUGUGGCAUAAAUGGGUUUGGUGGUUUGUGGAUAUGAAUUAUGAUUGGUUAGGGGAGACCAAACCCAACCCAACCCAACCCAACCCAACCCAUGAGUCUCAUUAAGAGCAAUUGAAGUGGCUUUCAUGUACAUGGAGGUUGUGGGGCUACUAAGGUCACAUGGAUCCUUAAUGCCCUGAACUGUUUGACUUCUUUGAAUACGAAAAAGGAUGGACUUUUUCACAAACAUAGUGCUUUUGUCGGUUUAUGUUGUCGUUACAUCUCAUAAGGGUCAAAAUGUAGAGAGGGAGACCCUUUCGAUACUUUCUUCAUCUUCUCCUUUCGUUUAUUUAUUUAUUUUAUGUUGGGGGUAAAAAAGUAAAAUCCUUUUGUUUGUUUUUUAUUUAUUCUAUAAAUUCUUUUGUGUGUGAAUACCUUUUAACAAUAA